CUUAUUGGAAUGGUAUCAAUGGUAUUGUACAAGAUAAGGCACUAGGUGCCCAAUAUUUAAAAAGUGCUGCCGCGGAAGAUCAUCCUAAGGCUAAAAACUUUUGCGAUGAACAAGGCAUACUUAUAUAA